AUGCCAUGGAGAGAUAUAGUGUCGUGGACAACCAUAGUUGCCGCAGCUGCUCAGUAUGGGUAUUUGGAAGAAUCCUUACGAUUGCCGUACUGCAUGCCGGGCCAAUUGGAGGAAGCGAGAAUCUAUUUUGAAACUAUGCCGGAGCAAAACACUGUACCAUUAUGCGCAUUAAUUUCUGCAUACGCCCGAAUGGGGCACCUAGACGAGGCAAGACAAUUUUCCAGAGCUGCACAUAUUGAGAGCACUGAAAUAAAAACAGCAAUGCUUACGCACAGAACGGCAGAGGCACUAUACGUUUUCCACUCCAUGAACGCCAUGGACGUGUCCGUGGAUGGAUGCUUUGGCUGUGCGCUCGUGGCAUGCAGCCACGUUGGCAGCGUCUACGCGGCAAGAUCUUGCUUCGUGUCGAUAGAGAUGGACUUCCAUGUACAGCCCGUGAAGCUCCACUUUCGGUGCAUGAUCGAUGUCUUGGGGAGAGCCGGGUAUUUGCAUUCUGCCCAGGAGCUGCUCAAAACCAUGCCCUUCGAGCCCGAGACUGUGGACUGGAAGUGCCUCUUGGGGGCAUGUAGGAGCUACAGAUCCUCCGUUGAGUUUGGGAAUUUCGUUGCCAAGAAUGUCAUUGACAAGGAUCCGAGAGGAGCUACUGGUUAUGUCCUUGCAGCCAACAUGAUGGUCUCCUAG